AUGCCACCAAAACAAAUGAAACGACCCGGUCCGUUCAAGGCGGCCUCACCAACAGUCCGACUCAGUGCAGCCAAGCUUCUUUCGAACACCGCAAGGCCGUGGUCACAGCGUGGAUCGACAGGGUGCACCUUGAAGAGAGGACCGCCGACCAGGUUUGUACUAAAAAGCUUUUUGCCAUUCGCAGAAUUGACCGGCUGCGAGUCGCCUCUGCGUCCAAAACCGCAUCAUUCAGACGAUGCACCAAGAAGAAUCUUAGCCGCUGUCCUUGACACGUUGAUUGCGCACCUAAACUUGGGACGUUCAGACACGCUCGUACAGUCUUUGAUUGAGGAGAGUGUACUAUCUGUAGCUGGCCUCGAUGAAACGACGUUCCCGCUUGCCCGUCUCAUCGCGCUUGUGCGUGAUACUAUUACUGUGGCCGUUUUUUCAACUGGCACAUCAGGAAUUGAGACCAUAGACAAAACGAGCGAUCACUACAGCGGUGUUCCACAUGCCUACCUCCAGGUACGACCCGGAAUCGAAGACAUUGCGUAUUCCAUAAUAACUUCGCCUCUGUUUUCUAAUUUCCUGGGGACGGAGGCUCAGAUUCACCUGGCCUCCAAAAUUGAUCUCAUGUGUGAUGAGAAUAAGCAGCCGCUCGCAAGUGUGACUCAUUCCCUGGGCAAGGUCCGAGUGAAGAGGCAGGUGCACCAGGAGGGUGCCAAGUUGGCCAGUUAUGAUUCACUCAACAGUUUUGGUUUUUCUGGGUCUUUAGCAGAUGCAGUCUCUGAACCAGAUUCGACGGAUAAGAACGACAAACGUGCUGAACGUACACAGCACCUUAUUUCCUUGCUCAAAGAAGACUCUACAAUUAUCGUGGGUGUUGUAAUUGGGCUAUUCCUCCCAGACACCAAACUGGCAGAGGGCAUGCCUUGUCUUAGCUCCGCAAAACGAAACUCACACACCGGCCAUACGCAGAAUUCAGACGACUCCCUCAUGAAUAUUGGUCGUAGUGACUUGUUCAGACAACUCAACGACGCAGCCCCAGAGUUUGGGCCACGGUUAAUAUGCGAGCUUGUGGACAAGGAUGAAGAGCAACUCAUCUCCGAAUUUCGUCGCAUGGCGGAUUCCUCAUUUCUUCGCCGUUUUGGACGCAUUCUGAUCGAAUCGCCUGAUGAAAAAAGAAAUGAAUCACAGCCAGAUCUAGCUCAUCGGAGGCCACUUACAGAAGCACAAAUCUCCCACAAUCAAGAUCUUGAACUGACAGACACAACACAAUCAAAUUUGACCAAGAGCUUGGGUACUCGGAUUGUGCGAGUGCACGACACACUUUCGCUGCUUCAAGCAACUGAGGACGCAGAACACAGGCUCAUACUGGCCCCGAUCCGCCGACAAGCUGCAAUUUCUAUUCAAGCGGUCGCGAGGACGUACCUUCAGAACCAGUUGCGAUUGAAGUAUCUUAGUGUUGCCAUACAGACCGAUCUCUCAAUGUUUGUGAGCCCUAAUAGCAAAGUUUCUAGCACUCGAAGUCAAAUUCAGAAGAUUCCUGAUGAACGAAAAGCACUUAUUGCAACUGAAUUGUGUGAAACGCCACGUGACUAUAUCAAUGUAGAGAGUGAAGUGUUCGUCGAACAUGACACCCCGACUUUGGGAAGAGACAUCGCCAAAAGAUUGCAGGACUAUUCGCGCACUGCUACCUUUCCUUCAAUCGACUGCUGUGAAACGGACUUCCAGUGUGUGGAAGUCAAAGCGGGCAACCAAGCGGGGCAGCAACGCAGUGAUAUCGCAUGUAGUCCGAGAAUGUCAGCGGCGGCAGAGGCUGGCAAGUCACAGCAUGUUGCGCGGUCGGCGUCAGACUGCAAGAUAACGAAAGGUGACCCUGGAGGCAGGACAAGCUUGGUCUCCGUUCGUCCACCAGGCGAAGGAUUCGUCGCACAAGAUGACCUCAUCCCGGAUGAGGAUGUUGUGGUUUCUCUUGAUUCCGUAAGUGAUUCUGACCUAGCGGGUCCUCAUUCUCCAGGUACCUGUACUAGUACGGCCAGCGAAUCUCUCGUCAGUGGUCUUUCAAAUCUACGCCCGAUUGUGCAAGCACCAUGCGCAAUUCUAGAUCAGAGUUCUGAAAAUUAUCUUGCAGAUCGUAAGGACUUUCUUUGUCCGCGAUGUGCAUGGACCGGGCAGUUAGAGCACACGCCAAAGAACAUUCUCGAGGCAGAGAAGACUCUCCAUGUGGAAGGUUUGGCUCCGUCGGUGGCACAUCGCGCCUCAAAGCAUGAGGUGCAAAUUUUCGGUUCCACCUCACAUAUCUCCUCGCCCACUGGACCACGGGCUGUAUUGGACUCUAGCCUAAUCGGGCUUUCCCCACUUCUGCAUCUCAUCGGAGGCAGGGAUUCAGGUGUGGCAUUUUUAAACAUCACUGAACUGUCCCUUGAAGCCUCUCUUUGCCGCAUAGACAAGAUUUUUGCUGAUAAAGCCGCGGCAGACGCCACCAUGGUCAUGAAUGGGAACGCCCCCCAAUGUCUACCAAGCUUCGUUUCCAGCUGGCAUCUAAUGAACUUUGGACGACGGGCUCUUGCUAAACGCCAUGAGAUGCAGCUUUACGCAAGGCUUAUGGUUUUUUUGAAGGCUCGCUGCGUAAUUAAGAGUGCAGAAUCCAAUGCCAGGCAAGCCACUGAAGUGUGCAACCCUGUUCCGAUGCGUCGGUUGCGCCAAUUUGCUGAUCUUCUUGGCAUAACUCCAGCACGUGCGCCAUUUUAUUCCCCUCUGGUCCAGAGUCAAUUUAUGCUGCUGCUCCACCGGCUCUUUUCGGGUGGUCCAGUUGACAUGACAUUCGGUUCGAGGCAACAUAAAUUAUCUCCCGAGAUUCAUGUGGUUCAGAGACAAGCAGACGUCGUUCCUCUAUCACGUGUCGUAUGCGCACUUGUUGGGUCGGGCUUAAACGUCAACAUUGAUGAGCCGGUGUCCUGGGAUGCACCAUACUUGCUGCAGAUUUCAUCAGAGACACAAUUGAAACAACUUCUGAAAAAGGCCCGAGCCCUCCCACAGAUAUCACGCCGCGACUCUACUGGUAUUGUCACGGAUCGCGGUAUUGCAAUUGAUGACGUUCUGGACCUCACCCUUAACUUUAUAUUCGAACGUGCAAAAGAAAUCCAGGGCCGCCUGCGUGCUAGUUUCAAAUCCUUUGCUAUGAGGCACGACUUGCACUCCUGGUCUGACUUUUCUAAGCUUCUUGCAUCCCUAGAUGCAGAUCCAGUUUCCUCCGAGGAAGCCACCAGGCUGUUCGAGGAAACGCAACCUAACCCAGAGACUGACGUGGAGCACGAUUACUUGGUCAGCAGUGACGCAAGCCAGUCCUUGACCAUCGAUUCGGGACACUUCGCAAGGUGUGCUUGGAAAAUGGGUCUGUUUGCACGCAUUACAGCACCUCUGUUCCGAUCCAAGGAGUGUUCGCGCCCUUGUGAAGUGAAGAAGUUUUCCAUUAACAUGCAUCACUCUCGGUCUGGACAGGUGCCUGUGAAUUUGCGCGCCAGUGGCUCUCUCUGUAAAUCCCUCGUUCCUGUAAGUUCUCCGAGCGUGACUAAGAUCCCGCGCUUCAAUGAACAGCAUGAGCCUACCAAAAUCACUGCUGUCGGUGCGCGGCGCACCGUCGUGGCGGAUGCGGUCAACCUCAGAGGCACGUUAUCUCAGGAGCGAGCCUCAACUGUCAGUGCAAGUGCGCCAUCAAUCAUGGCAUCUAAGCGCACCUCCUCCAGAGGUGCCGUACUCGCCAGACUGAAGUAUAAGCAUCCGUCUACAUCUCGAUGGUGCAAACCCCCUCCAAAGCCUCCAGUACAGCCACCCCCAUCUCGCUUGACCUUCCGAAUAGCAUACUGAGCACUAAGCCUAAUCAUUCU